AAAGAGUUUAGUUUUAAUCUAGCUUCUUCCAGCGAGAAGGCGUGUAAUAAAUAUGAACAGCGGAUGAAGGAUCUGAAAAACAAAGGAUUCACACAGGUUAAUAAGAUCAGACCUGAAGCUGAGUUCUUUGCUUCCCAGGCUUUGCAAAAGGUCCUGCUUGGAGAAGCUCUGAAUGUCACACAGCUGUCCCCGGAGGUUGGUGGCUUUAUGGAGUCUAUCUGGACAGAAGCACAAGGACAUCUUUCGUCUAUACUGUCUUGUCCAGUGAAAAAUAUUAGCCUCAAUGAUGUGAGUAAAGCUGAAGGAAUUCUACAAAAUGUACGCAAUGUACUGAACAAGGGUGAAGGUGUUCGAGAAUUGAUGAAAGAGUUUUACCAAUGUAUUCCCCACCGGUAUAGACUGCAGGAAAAUGUUGCUAAGAAAUUUUUGACAGCGAAACAGGACUUGUGCCAGCUAAUUAGAGACAUGGUUAAUAUCAGUGAGACAAACUCAUCAGGCUCUCUCCCAAGCACUGUUGGAAAGUACCGGGCACUCAAGUGCAGAGUAGAAUAUGUUGAUCCAAACACAGAGGAGUUCCAUCGGGUCAAACAGGAGGUUCUGGAUAAUAAUCAUAGCAAUGAAGAGUUUCAGAUUUUACGUGUGUUCCGAGUCGGAAGAUUAACAGAAGCCACUAAUUUUGAGAAUAAUCUGGGCAAUGUAAAGUCCUUGCUCCAUGCCUCCUUACCAAGCAACAUUGUUGGAAUUCUCUCCCGUGGAUUGCUGUUGCCAAAAAUCAUCGUUGAUGAAUUUGGUUUGGAGAGGACUGACAUUGGAAACCUUGGCAGUGGCAUUUAUUUUAGCGACUCAGUAAGGU